AUGGAUCCAAACAUUGACUUGAACACUACAAGGGAGAGCGACAUUGCAUUUCCAGACUUUUCACAGAGUCCGUCCAACACGUUUACCAUCUUCAACCCCGCACCGUCAGUCCGGUGUGACUGGUCAAGUCGUUUGAACGCCUCUCAUGGAUCGACGGAUUCAACAGGAUCUGACACAGCACAGCCGCAAGAUACACCAUCAAAGGCAUCUUUGGCUCGUGCAGAGACGCUGGGCCCGCCUCAAGCCAUAACAAACCAACACUCGGGCUCCGGCUCAGUGGUUCCACGAUACCCGGUGCUUGACGGGAUCAUUGAAAAGCUGCGUAUUAUCAUGCCGGAUCCUGUAUCCUACUCUCUGCUUGAGUACUACUUCAAAGUCUCUGUGGCGACAGAAACACCACUCUCGCCCCACGCACCGCCGUCAAUUCUUCGCAAAGCCUCUGUCCUUGCGUUGAAGAACCCUCGACGCUGCAGUGCUGCGCUUCUAACUAGCAUUCUGUGGUUGUCUGCGCAGACUGCCGACAUCCCGCUGCUCAAAUCGAGAGCGAGCAAGCGCAAGGCGGUCCGUCGCCAACUCUUGGAGCUUACGAUCAGUCUUCUCAAGCCACUGAGUGGUUUCGCAUCUUCUCAAAGGCCUAGUUGUCCUUUGAGAGAAGGGCAGCAACCGCAUCACGAAUCUAUGCAUCUGCAACAUCAAGAAUCGCACAAUGACGAGCCCGUCGACAAUCCGGUAGACGAUAUCCUGACGUAUACCAACCUGGCAAUGGUUACGUCCGCAGGCGAGUUCCGCGCCUCGAGCCUACGCUGGUGGAGCCUGGCAUUUUCUUUGGCUCGGGAAGCAAACAUGAACCAGGAAGAUCCCCGUGGCGGGAUGAGCGAAGACACACAGCCCUUCGCCGGUGCGUGGCCUCACUUGGAACUGACGGGUUGUGAAACCGCUUCCGGAGGUACUUGCGCUUCUCGGGACGAUUCCAGCGCUGAACGUCAGGAAGAAAGGCGCCGGUUAUGGUGGUUUCUGUUUACCGUCGACCGCCAUCUUGCUCUAUGCUACAAUAAACCAUUAUCAAUUCGUGAUUCGGAGUGCCCCAACCUACUACAUCCCAUGCCAGAAUCCGUAUGGCGAAGCACUGGCGCCAGUUUCAUCAACGCCCAUCAUGAGAAUGGAUCGCUGGCGGCACCUUGCAAGGGGCCGUGGCUGGUCUGUACGGGCACAGACUAUUUUGGAUUCUUCACGCCUCUCAUGACCAUUCUGGGGGAGAUCAUGGACUUCUUCCACACCAAGAACCAUCCUCGCUUGGGGGCCAGCGGUUGCAACGGCAGUUCCCCAUCUUUCAUUGACUGGGCGAGAUGGAAAGACGAGAUCUGUAAACACAUCAGCGCAUACGGCGACAGUCUAACCAAGGUUUCCGAGCAAUCUUCCUUUGCUACUAGCUCAUUGACUACCUUUGGCGAUGGCUUCCGUAUUGGCGGUUCCACGCAAGCGGAAACUGCGGUUGCCUACGCGAGGCUCCUACUCCGCAUUCUGUCCAUACUUGUGGAUGGUGGCCUUGAUCCGCUGUACGUUCUCGAUCCCCAACGCGGUCGCCCAUCGGCCCCUGAGAACUCUGCCACAGCGAACCCGAUGGAAGCUAUCGCUGACUUGACACGUUGCACUGAGCGUUUACUGGACCUCGACCCGGGCAUGAGCUUCAUGCCAUUUUACUCGGGCAUCUAUCUUCUGCACGGGGGUUUUCUGCUUCUCGUCGCCACUGAUCGCAGAAGUACUACCAAUGACGACAGUUUAAACGACAUCGUCAACGCCACUACGGCUAUGAUAAGGAUCCAUGAGGCAUCCAUUGUUAUGCUUCGUACAGAAUAUCAGAGAGAGCUUGUGUUCGCUCUGAGAUCGGCCAUGUUUAAGAUACGCGGCAGGGCCACGGGCGACGCGCACUCUUCGAGUACUCGCUGGGAGGCGCUGACAAGAUAUCGCUGGACAAGCGAGGGCAGCGGUAUAGCCGGCUGA